AUGUCUACCUCUAACUAUACUCCUACUAUAGAGCUAGGCUAUAACUUAUCUUACUCUAAAGAUCUAGGGCUUCUAUUCUGCUCUAAUAGUAGCUGCCUAACUAGUAUUAAUAGUAAUAAAAGUACCAAUAUAGUAGAAAUAACUAAGCAGCAUCUUAUAAAGCAGCAUAGAAUUUCUUUUAAAGAUAGAGAAGUAAAAAGGUUUUUAGAAGAUAUUAAAGACUAUUCUAUAGCUAAUAUUAAUAGUCUACACUCUAUAGAGAACUAUAAGUAUUUCUUUAAAGAACUAAAGCUUAUAGAAGAAGGUUAUCUAUGCCUAGUUAAAGAAUGUAAUAGUCUCUUUAGUACUACUAAAAGCUUAUACCUACACUUAGAAAAGCAUAGAAAAGAGAAAGAAAUACCUUUUACUAGUAGUAAAAAGACCUUCUAUAAAAGUAAUAUUAAGAUACAAAGUCUAUUUAAGAAGAAAGAUUUAUUAAACUACUUUAUUAUAAAAGAUAAUAGUAGUACUACUAGCGCUAUAGAGCCUACUAUUACUACUACUACUCUUAGUACUUCUAACAGCCUUAUUAAUAGCUAUAGAGAAGAGCUAGAAGCGUUUACUAAUGCUACUAAUCUAAGCUUUACUUUAUUAGAGAAUAAAGAGAUACCUUCUACUAUACGUAAAACUAAGUUCUAUCUCUUUCUUAAUAAUAAGAAUCUUAAUAGCUUACUUAAGCUAGUUACUAUUCCUAUAAAGAAGAGCACUACUACAGAAGAGAGAGUAGAAUACAAUCUACUUAAGCUAGUAGAAGAGACUCUAUACUCUAUAGAACCUCUAGUAGAGAAGCUAAAUAGAAGGCUUAGGCAGCAGCUACAAACAGAGGUACUAGCUACUAAUAAAGAGAAGAAUCUAAAAGACUUUAGCCUACUCUCUAGUAAGGAUGUGAAAAGAAAGUACUAUAAGAAUUUUAGUCUAUUUAUAGUCUAUCUAUAUAGAGUUAUUAGAGAAAGAGCUAGAGAUAAGUCUACUACUAGUAAGCAACCUAUUGUACCCUCUCUAGUAGAAGAGCUAGUAGCUACUAUAGUAGAGAAUAUAAAAGACUUUCUAGAAGCUAGUAAAGAAAACCUAGAAGAUAGUAUACUAGAUACUCUAUUUACUACGCUAGUUGCUAGAAGUAAAGAGUAUUUAAUAGCUAUAGUAGAUACGCUGCUAGAGCAGCCUCUAGCACAAGAUAACCUAGAAGAAUACCCUAGCUUUAAUAGUGCUAUUAUUACUUUUCUAGCUAUUAAAAGUAUAGAUCUAAAUAAAAGAGUUACCAAGGCAGCUAUUAGCAUAGAGCAAGAUUGCUCUUAUCUAAUCUAUUCUCUUAGGCUAUUCUCUAUAGCUAUAGUUAAUAGUAGAUAUAAUAAGUUAACUACUAGUAGUAAUUCUACUAGCUUAGAAGAGGUCUUUCUAGACUACUAUAGUAGAAAUUUAACAUUUAACUCUAGUAAUAGCUUUAAAGAAUUAACCUCUUUAAGAGCUUAUACUAGAGCUAUAGCUACUAACACGCUAACUAAGCCUAGAAUAAGAGAUAUUAGUAGCAAUCUCUUUAUAGUAGAUAAUAGUCUAGAAGUAGAUAUUAAGAAGCUUAAGAAGUUCUUUGUCUAUAUAGAAGAUACCUUAGAAGAGUUUCUAUUCUCUAGAAUUCUUUAUCUUAAUCCUAGUAAUCUAGAUCUAGACUUUAACAAGAUAGAAGAUAGUGUAGUAGAUACUAGUCCUACCUAUAGCUUUCUAGAAGAUAGUACUAACAAUAGAGACUAUAACCUAAAAGACUAUAGCUUCUACCUAAUUAAAAGACUAGAAGAUACUAGCUCUAUCUUCUCUAAGUUCUUUAUUAAUAGCAUUACUAGCACUAGUAUAGAUUUUAAUAUCUAUAAUAUAAGAAAAUAUCUAAAAGAUAGGCAAGAGUUUAUUAAGCUACUAGGUCUAGCUUUCUAUCUACUAGCAGCUUGCCCUAUUAGAGGCACAGAGGUAGAGUUACUAAAGUAUACUAAUAGCCUAGAGCUAGGCUCUAGAAACCUAUAUAUAGAUAGCAUUACUAAGCUAAUAAAAGUAGAGACUAGCUAUAGCAAGUCUAAUAGUAUUACUAAUAGAGAUAAUAACAUAGUUAGGUUCUUUAGCCCUAAGUUUAGCUACCUACUAAAAGUAUAUAUAACUUUAGGCAUACCUUUCUAUAACUACCUAAACUUUAAGGUGUUUAAUAUAAAGAAAGCUAGUCCUUAUUUACUAGAAGUUAAUAAUAAGCUUAUUACUAGUAAAGAUAACGUACCCCACGGACGAGCCGGUCACCAGACAAGUCGGUCACUUUUGCCAAGCCCCUACCAAACUACCCUUCACAUACUAAUGCCUUCUUAA